AUGGUCAAGGCAGACUACAACCGCGACUACUAUGCGGAUCUUGACCUCCCGCAGAAUGCAGAUGUGAACGAGGUCAAGAAGCAGUUUCGCAAACUUGCCCUCAAAUAUCACCCAGAUCGUAAUCCCGGACGCGAAGCCGAGGUGAACGCAAAGUUUCAGACUAUUCAGGCCGCCCAUGAAAUUCUCACCAGCCCGGAACAGAGGAGCAAAUAUGAUGCCCAACGUUCGCGCCGCUUCCCCGGCGCAUCCAAUGUCAAGGGAAAUCCUUGGGCGGAUGCUGGCAAGAACUUCCCUCCGCCUCCGCAACGGAAUCGCCCAAAUGCUUCCAGUGCGUCGUCGCGACCGGCGGGCACCGCUUCUUCUGCCGAUAGAUACGCCAAAUUCCCCAACCACCCGCCACCAAUGCCACCGAGGCCGACCGAGGACCCACAGUCGAGGGCGGAGGCAUUUGUGUCCAUGAGGCCAAAGCCGAAGCAUAGGGCCCCCACAGCCCCUCAUCCAGGUGUGCACACUGGCUCCAGUUCCUCCGGCGCAUCGACUAGGACCAGACCACCGGAUACGCGACAAACUGCCUACACAGCGUCGCAACAGAAAAAGGCGGAGGCUUCGUUCGGAAAUAGAACUGGUCGGUCAUCAAGGUCUGGCUUCGUGCCUGGAUCGACCAUGGGGGACGAGCCGCCUGUGGCCAGCAGCAACUAUUCAUCUAGCAGGAGACACACCAGCCUGUUCGAUGAGGCUGCAGCGCCGCCCCCAGUGCCUCCCAGAGAGCGCGCGGAUUAUGGUGCCGCUUCCGGUGCAGAUGACGGGUUUCCUCCAAACCUGGAUCCUCGCAGCAGCCCGUACCAAACUCGGAGUGGCGAGAGGUUGGAUCCCUUUGAGGGAGGAACGUCUGUCAACAGGGCAAAGAGUACUAGGGAGAGUCACCGUAGGGCCCAAGACGAUCCUGAUCAUUUCACAACCCCAAAUCGCCAGCGUAGCUUCAGUGUAUCAGACGAACCCGAGGGCACCAAAUAUCCUGCAACAGAGCCCAGGCAAGCAAAUAUCAGCAGGAAGGCCACUGCAAACACUGGGAAUAUACCCGACAGUGCUAGAGUAUCUCGAUUCGGGGACCACUUCUCUUCAUCAAAUGCGGGUCCGGGAAUGCCCGCAGCCUCAUCGGCAGGCUAUGGUUAUCAUGACGGUUCCGCACCACCGACAACGAGCGGCGCAGCAGCCGAUGGCUCUCAUGGUUCUCGAGCAUUCAGAGACAACUCGGGUCCCCAUCCCAAUGUGUAUGACGUCGCAGACCCUACAACCCACCCCUCGAGCUUUCCUUUCGAGGCACCCCCGGCUCGCCCAAUGCCUGCUGCCAGUGCGACCGUUAGUAUCGAUCGCCACUCACAUUCAGUGUGGAACGGUGGUAGCAAACGGCUUUCCAGUGGAGGCCGUAGCAUGUGUGCCUAUUCCGACUUGAAUGUUUUUGAACAGAAGCAGUUCGACCUGCUUGAUAAGCUUGUCAGGAAGGAACCGAUGCACAAAGGGGAAACGGGUUCGGCGCGGGGGUCGCAGUCCAAGGAGACUGGACAUCCGCCCGAAAGCCUGAGCCACUUGAAUACAGCGUCGAGAUACCAUAGGUACAAGGAGACUGACAAGUUUAACAAUUACAGCUUCCCACAAAACCCGAAAACCGGCGUGCAUGCAGAUGCCGCAGAGCCAAGCAGCUUCGCGAGAAAUAGUGCAGAAUCUAUCAACACUAGGUUUGUUCCUGAUGAGCACACAAACGUUAACUGGCAGUUCAAUGCUGGCGGCGACUUUAGCCCGAGUACGAAUGGGGCGGGGUCCCGCCGCGCACAGUCCGGUAGCCGACUUGGUCGACGAUCCCCUACCAAAGGCCGCUCACGGAUGGCGGGCAUGGCUGCAGGCGCUACAGCAGCCACGGCCGCCGGGAUGGCCGCUGCUGGUGCGUUCAGGAACGUAGGCUCGGGUUCGGAAGGUAGUAGCGAGGACGAGGGGGUAACUUCACCGACACGCACCGAGAAACGACCUUCCCCACAGCAAGAUCAAUCUGGUUUCGAUGCCGAUAUCUGGAGCGACAAAAUCGGCUCUGAGCAUUUCGUGCCGGUGCCUCCAUCUCGAGGAUCGGGCUCACCAUCACGGCCGCCCAUGCGACCUCCAAAGAGGCGACCUACGGUUAGAAUGACGAAGGGAGGCUCGGCUGGUCUUGUGGAGGAAGAGGAUAUAACCAGUGGCGAAGACCGGGCGGGUGGAGUUGCCGUGGAUGGCAUGGACAGCUCGAACGCUAUGGACAUCGACACACCCAUGGGCGAGCCUACUGCUGUACCCCAAGCUGCGGCAGCUAAUGGUGUACGGGGGGUGCCAGUCGAACCCUCUCGACCAGAGUGGAGGGCCGGUGAUGCAAACGGUUUCGCCACUACAGCUCCUCCUACUGCUGUUCCUGCCUCCGAUGCACCGGUUGUCAAGCCCCGGUUCAACGUUAGCAACGCUGCCGGGUCUGAGGAUACGGAUGAGUUACGAGCGGGUUUUGAUGAUCUCAAAAAAGUUGAGCCGAUUGCCCAGCGAGCAGCCGGUCUCAACUCCUUUGAUGAUCUCAAGACACAUUUACCUUUUGAGAGCAGGGCUUCGGUCAAUCCACCUAUUGAGAAAACCAAGGGAACCCAAGAGACAUCCAUCAACUUUCCCAAACCGCCGGUGCCUCCGCGCGCGCCAGCUCCAUUGGCGAUCUCUGGUCUCAAGCCGAGCGGAUCUGCAUGGGAGGCCCAUGUUCACGAGUUCGAGAUUUACCUGCGCGAGUGGGAUAACUUCAACUCCAAGUUUGUGGACCAUGUGCUCGCCCGGCAGAACCAACUAAACAAGGCAAAGCAGAAGAAUGGGCUUUCGCUGCUGUAUACACUCAACGUCAAGAGCACCCAGGAGUAUGCUAGCUGGCUUGAGCAGGAUCAACUGGUACACGAAAAGUGGACAGCAUAUCACAAUGAGCACCUCAAGCGGGUGCGAGAGUUCAUGGCGCACCAAGAGAAGAUGAAGGAGUAA